CACAAUUUUCCCACUUUUCUGUCAUGCCAUGUAGGAACGCUUUGUCAUUUUAAUAUUUUCUAUUCCCGCUCUCUGUUUGCUGUCUUCUUUACUUAUUCACAACUGCGAAUUUCGAUUAUUCCUUUUAUUUUUCUACCUUUUAUUUGUCCCUAUCAAAACUUUGCUUACAACCUCUCCAAAAGCAACAAGCAAAACCAUUUUACACGCAUAUGGUGGUUAUACGAGUAGCAGCACCGAAAUGCCCGCGUUGCGCAAAGAGCGUCUAUGCAGCCGAAGGGGUCACUGGGCCCGAGGGGCUGUGGCACAAAACAUGCUUCAGGUGCCGCGAGUGCCGAUGCGCAUUGGACACAGCGACCAUGGCAGAGCACGACAGCGAGGUCUACUGUCGUAACUGCCACAAAAAGCUGUUUAGCGCUGGCGCCAAUCCCACACGACCAGCAGAAAACAGCAGUAUGGUUCAGCCAUCAGCAAUCAACGCACAGCCGGCGACAGAGUACGCUACAUGGAGAGGUUCGCCGACGCAGCCACCGGCGCUUCCGCAUUGUUCAAUAGAUCCAGUGCAGUCGCCGCCACGGACAACCAGGUACAAGCGCACAACCGAAAUGUCGCCGUCCAGCGUGUUUAGCUCAGGGCGGCGUCGGAUCGAGCUUCCGACAACCAAGGAUAUUUGUCCGCGGUGCACCAAGCGUAUAUACCACGCAGAGAAGGUCGUUGGGCCUGGUGGCGCGUGGCAUCGCGGGUGCUUCAAGUGCAAGCAGUGUAAUUCGGCGCUCAGCUCGACUACGCUCACAGAGCACAAUGGCGAGGCGUUUUGCCGGACAUGUUAUACCAAGCUAUUUAGCUUGCGUGGAUACAAUGUGGGUGGGUCACUAGAGCCCGUCCAGGGCGUGAGGUCGCGCGGCAGCUCUGUUGAGACUAUUUAUCGCGGUAUGUCGCCGGUGCCCCGCUCCGUGGAGUUCCCUGCGACGGAGACCAGGUCUUCCUCAGCGUCGGGUGAGACCAGCCCUUUUUCAGGAGCUGUUUCGCCGUUUGGCAGCGUUGUUUCUGCGGCGGCUUCGGCAGCAGUGGCAGCCCAUGGCACUUCGCGCCCGGUCACGCCGCUUUCUAGCACCAUGGCCUCGCGCCCGGCGUCUUCACGCAGCAGCAUCAGCGGGCUUGCAUACGGGCGGACAUUCAAGCCCAAGACUUUUGGCGCCAGCAUUGGCGGCGGCUAUGUGCCACCUGACAGGUGCCCGCGCUGCAGCGACACUAUUUAUGCGGCCGAGAUGGGCAUGGCUGCGGGCCGCAAGUACCACAAAAAAUGCAUCCGCUGCAAGGCUUGCAGCACGUCUAUCGGGUCGUUGCAGAUCCAUGAGCAUGAUGGCGACAUAUUCUGCAAGCAGUGCUACGCCAGGGACUUUGGCCCCAAGGGUUUCCGGCAGUCGCUCGGUCCGUCCAUAAAUGACUAUUGAUCAAUUUGUCGUUAUUUUUCAGCUUUGCGUUCUCUCGCUCUCGUUUUUGUUCUCUCAUUUUAUUUUAUUUUGUUUUUAUUCUUCAUAUAUUAAUUUUUACGCUUAACUUUUUUGUUUUACUAUUUUG